AUGGUUCUCAUUCAGAGAACUGUCUGCGAGGAGACGAGGGUCCUGAGCGCCGAGAACCAGCGCCUAAGAGAGAAGCUAGAAGAGCUUACCCGGAAGGUGGAGAACCUUCAGAAGUCUUCUGGAUCCCCAAGCAUGGAGGAGUUGGAGGCAAGUCUCCUGCGAAAGUUAGGGGACAGGAUGAAUGCCCGCAUCGAGGGAUUAGAGCCCCGGCUCAACCCAGCGCCGUUGCUUCGGCCCCCGUUGGCGGCAGACAGAAGGAGAAAAGAAAAGGAGACGGUGGCACCUGCUACUCCGGUGGCGACUGUUGUGGCACCUAAACCUGGAAAGGAAAAGAAAAGUAAGAAGACAAAGGACAAAGAGGAUCCAAGGCCGCCAAACCCAGACUCUCUGGAGGAAACCUGGGCCACGGUAGUGAAAAAGAAGGCUAAGAAGAAGGACAAGCCACAAGCGCAGCCGGGGAAGGCUCCCAACGCCAAGAAGAGUCCCAAGGCUAAACCAAAGCCUAAGCUUAGGACUCCCCGGUCGUCGGCGAUAGUCCUUACACUCACAGACGAAGGAAAGGAAAAGGCGAUGUUGACUUACAGCAAAGCCCUCCUCAUCGCAAGAUCCAAGAUAGAUCUUUCGGAGAUAACGGGUCUGGAGACCCUCAGAGUCCGCAAGGCGGCAACGGGGGCCACAGUGCUGGAGCUCCCUGGGGCGAACAGCGGCUCCAAAGCCGACGCUCUGGCUGAGAAGCUGGGGACUUUGUUCGGCGAGAAGAUGAAGGGGCUCCUAUGGAAACAUAGGCAGAAGAAGGCCAAGACGGCGAUACGCGCGCGCAAGCUGUGCGACAUCUGCCCUCGGCUCGGGGCUGGGCAAAGGCUUAGCUGA